GGUACUUUUGGAUGUCCAUACAACUGUUUAUAUGCUGUAUGAUUCCCCCUGCUUUCAUACACAGACCACACCGAAAGUGUGAGAUAGAUUCAUCCAUUAUUGUGUGUUGAAGGUCAGAGAAUCACCUCGCAGUCGCAGUGGGGGGUUUAUUCCUCCGAACCGUAGCGCAGAUGGUGAAACAGCUUCGUGUUGCGCAGCUUUAAUUGCUGUUUGACCUCAGCCCGUCCUGUUCAUUCCGCCUGUCUGGAAGACGCUCACACCCUUUUGUCAAACAGUAGCCGCAUCUCCACCGGCGACACCUGCUGGAUAAUGCCUGUCAUUGCAGCCCAGGCCGGUCUCGGUCUAACACGCCCAUCCGAGACUUGUUUCUUCAGUCCGUUUCGAAAGGAGACACGGCAGUCGACAUUAAUCAUCCAGACCUACAUUAAGCCGCUGGAUGAUGCUGUGGUGUAGACGGAUACGGCGGUGAUAUAAUACAAUGGCUGCUCCUCAUCAUUGCUCGUCUUUGUCAGAUCCUCCCCAUCCCUACGCUGAGCGUCCGCCCCCUCUCCUCCGUUCCCGUCGAGCGCAUCCAGCAGUAUCAGCAGACCUGCGGAGGUGAAGUUAAAAACUUUUAUCCAUUUAUCAUUCUUAUGCUUUUUUUUUUUACCCCCCUUCUGAAUACGAGGUUCUGAGUCGCAAAGUUAUCCUUAAAGAGCCAGCGCGCGUUGGGCGUUCUCACACCUGUCCGCCGAGGGAAACCAUGAUCGACCUGAGCCACCUGACGGAGGAGGAGCAGGAGGUGAUUCUGACGGUCCUGAAGAGGGACGAGGAGCUGAAGAGGGCCGAGGAGGAGAGAAUCAGGAAACUGGAGAAGGUUCUGGACAGCGGGUCUCAGUCAGAUGUGAAGCUGAAGUACCUGUCGGGGGAAUGGUUCUACGCGGCCAAGUCCCAAAGACACAGCGACAAAAUCCACGGAUCAGAAAUCAUCCUGGCGUCCAUGAAGCAAGGGAAGCCGGCUAGUUUAGACGGGUCCGUUCGAGUGGAGAGAAGCAAAACGCCCAGCAGCCGUAGCUCGGACGCAGCGCCUCCUCCAAAACCUGCGAGGUGUUUCGAAUCAUCACAACCACCGGAGAUGAAUGAUGCUGAGAAGGAAAAUCGAUUCUCAUCAGUUCGUUCCCCCAAAAUGCCGAGAAAUAACCCCUUUAAUCGAGCUUCCCUCAUUGUUUUCGAACCUCCUGAAAACAACCAUAACACGGCUCCCCGUCUGGACCAGGAGACGCAGGAGUCAGAGGCAAUCUCCCGGCUGAAGAAUGCCCCUGCGGGGGAGUCCAGUCAGACCUCGGGGGGCUCCGUCACAUCAGAAAGCUCCUCCACAGGCUUCAGGCCCGUACCAAAGAAGAGGACGUUCCUGCCUCGACGCGGCAGCCAGCAGGGGUUAAAAGCUGCGGUGAGGCCCGCGGCCAUUGUUCCUGCCCCGCGUCGAAGCCACCAGCUGGGAUCCAGCGGGAGCUCUAACCAGUCUGGCCUGAAGAUUACAGAUGAAACGCCUCAGCAAAGCGUUUAUGUCCCGGUGACGGGUUCUGCGCCGACGUCCAAAACGGCAGAUAAAAGUUCCCUGCAGCCACUCAGUGCUGUAUCUCAGGUUUCCUCCCAUUCAAGUCUGGAGACAGACAAGAAUGCAGCAUCAAUAACAAGAGAGCGACCAGCUGCUCACUCUUGGGCUGAUGUGAGCGCUGACAGAGAAACAACACAGCAGUGGGUCGAAGCCCGAGACGAUCAAAGAGAGCGCGCGACCUUGAACAUUUUCAACCUGCCGAGUAAUAAAGUUCAGGACAGAGACACAAGCAGCAGCGUGGGAACAGCAGGGCGGCAGGAGGAGAUGAGUUUACCUCCAAACACACUGGAUCCCACCCCUCCUAUGUCAUAUGAUCUCCACUUCAUUGACAAAUCCAAUCAGCAAGCUCAGAACCCUAAUCAGGUGACCACUUUCAAACUGUCCUCUCAAACAACGAGCCCCGCCGGCGAAGAGGACGACUCUAUCGCGAAGGUGCUGGACUGGUUCAACCGCAGCACGGACAGCAGCGACUGGCUGAACUCAGAAGACACUCCAAAGGCCUGCAAGGGCUUUGACAAGCACGCGUCUGUCAGCAAAUCAAGGGAGGAAGAGUCAUUCGACAGAGGGACAAGUGAAAGAAAGCUAGAUAGAUCUGAGACGAAUAGGAGCCACUUACAAAAGAUCAACAAUGAGCUCAACAGAAAGGGAAGCAAGGAGACGCUCGACACUCAAUAUCUGCAUUCACAGGACGUUGGGGAUAGUUGCGAUGAAAGCCAGUCGUUGAAAAUUUCUCAUUUGAAAUCAUUCUGGGAGAAAAGCAACGCGGGCCCAAAGGUACUUAUCAGCAAAUCCGUGACACCGGCUGACAGAGUAAACUCAACUCAGGGUUUUGCAGCCAAAGAAACUGAUGUACACUUUGUUCCUGGAAAAUACGGUGGAAAGGGGUUCUAUGAUAAGUACACCCCAGAUCAAAGUGUUGAAAGCGAGCAGCAGCCACUCAACAACCAAAAAAUGCAAAUGGUGAACUCUAUUCAGUCAGAAGCAGACGAAAAGUACAAUAAUGACUCUACCCAUUUGAAGUUAAUAUCCAAUCUACAAACCGCCAACAGGAGAGUGUUGGAUGAAGAAGCUUUACUUGCAAACAGACCAAACCCAUCAGAGAGGACAAUCAUAGAUCAAGAGUUUGAGAGCGAUUCUGUGGCCACACCAAAUCUACAACCAGACGGCAUUUCAGGAUCUAAAGAAUUUUUCUUGCAAGACCUUCUUUCCAAGCAAGCUCCUGCAUCUCAGCUUGAUCCAGACCUCUCAAGCAAGGUCGGCUUAGAGUCUGAAAGUUUCAGUUUGUCCAGAAAUGGCUUGUACAUGGAUGAGAAUGAAGAGCAACUCACCACGAAAGCCAAAAUUCACAGAGAUUCGGUUGAAGAUGUGAGAAGGAGAGACAGCGAGGAUAAAAACUUGCACUCAGGCUCCUCUCCCAAAAGAAAAGACGAUUCAGCCACCAAGGACAGGGCCGGUGGUUCAUACUCAAACAAGCAACCAUCGCAACACCAAGAAAGCACAGCGGAGAGGAUAAAGCAGCUGAAGUCCUUCUGGGAGCAGGAGCUUAACAAACCAGUGUUCUACAACGGCAAACCUAAAGGUCCUGGAGAGGGCAAAGUGACCCGUGGUGCGAAUCAAACAAAACUGACUAAGAGAUUCACGAAGUCCGAGUUUGACUUGAGAUCAAUCGGAAACGAUUCGGGAAGCGACGAGGAAGGCGGUAACAAGAACCCCCAGAAUUUUACGGUUCUACCAUUGAAUCAGAGGUUAGACAAGAUGAAUCCAAGUCUUGGAACGAGUCGUGCCCAGUUUAACUUUCUGCGAGAGUUCUGGGACGAGGCUACUGCUGACUCUAAGGCGUCUUUAACCUUUGACAAACCCAAAAGCCCCAAAAGGAAAGAGCCCCUCCGUUCCCAGCUUUCAUCCCAGGAUUUAAAGUCCGUCGAUGCGGAGAUUCAUCAUGUAAGCUCUGCCCUUGAGAAAACGAGAGGAGCCGCCAUGAAGUCGUUUCCUUCUCCCCAGAGCCGGUCAAAGUCUCCACAUGAUAAACAGGUUGGAUCUGGAUCAAAGCUACAGAGUGAUAACAAAAGUAACUUUCCCAGUUACACACAAGCUGAGACAGGGCAGCAAAAACAGUUCAAAAGAAGCACAAAGGACUUCAGUCGAGAAGAGAAGUCCACAAAGCCACAAAGCGGCAUAACCAAAGACAUUCGAUCUCCGAAAAGCAGAAAGGACAGCUUCUGCAUCUCCAGCAGCCGUGGAAGUUCUCUGCGCCGCGCCACGAGCAUGUUCGCUCUGAGCGUAGAUGAGGAAAAAGACCCAACCCAACUGAGAGUGGACCUAAGUCCUCUCCGGUCUCAGAGCAGGAAACACAGGCAGCUCGAGCCAGAGUUUGUGAUUCCACGAGCGCGGGCUUUCGUCCCCACAGACUACCGCCACUACCUGGGGAUGACGGACAAGACCAGCGUCCACACCACACUCGCACCAGCGUUGAGCGAAGAGGCCGCAGAGGUCAAGUCCAGGUACGAUCUUGAUCUGAGUGGACCAGUCAGGGCGAGCACACCGGUGAGCUCAGAGGAGCGUCAUGGCAGGAAGACGACCAAGACGAGCCAGCGGCCUGUUUGGGCGAACUACAGCAGCUCAGACACAGGCCCAGAGUCGUCUGUCAGCAGUACGUCAGAAACAUGGUCCAACAUCAGGAGCAGUUCAAAUCGAGGAAUCGACGAAGACAAUCAAAAUCCGGUGAGAAAGGCACUGCGGCGAGCGGAGGCACGACCCAAAAAUCUGGCUAAAAGCAUGGAAGACAUCACCGCAUCCGCAGCACCACGGCAAGAAAGAAGGGCUGACCCGGCUGCUGACCUCAGGCGCAGCAGUGAAGUUUCUACCAUCUCCACUCCGUCCUCCUCUUCUUUUUCGGAUCCGGACCACUUAAAGAAGAUGAGCAAAUCUGUUCCGUCGUUCUUACAGAAUGAGGAGCGCGCCAUUGACGUUGACUUCUGCGAAGGCAGUAACCCUCUAGAAAGACUAACAGCGGGCAGCUCAGCGACUAUCCUGAGCAGCUCCUCUGGCAUGACGUCUGUGUCUUCUCUGAGUGGGAGUGUGAUGACCAUGUACAGCGGGGAUUUGGUUGAGGUUCAAGGAACCAUCCAGUUCUCCAUCAACUACGUCCAAAGGCUGCGGGAGUUUCACAUCUUUGUGGCGGAGUGCCGCGACCUGGCCGCAGUCGACCCAAAGAGGAACCGCUCCGACCCGUACGUCAAAAGUUACCUGGUUCCUGACAAAGCCAACCUGGGAAAGAGAAAAACAUCUGUAAAGAAAAAGACACUGAAUCCGACUUUCAACGAGAUCCUCCGGUAUCGUGUUCGCAUGGAGUACCUCAGGACACAGACGCUCAUUCUCUCCGUCUGGCAUCACGACACUUUUGGGAAGAACAGCUUCCUGGGCGAGGUGGACGUGGAGCUGUCCAAGUGGGACUUCGACCACACCCAGAUGAAUUACUUGGCGCUGAAAGCGAGGGCUGCUCAUAUCGCGCCUCGCCUUUUUCAGACUCUACCGUCGAUUGCGCCGCUGAACGGGCGGGGAGAGAUGAGACUGGCAAUCCGAUACCUGCCGCAGAUCACCCACAGCGAAGGUUUACCCAAAGACGUUUCCAGCAGCGGAGAGAUUCACAUUUGGGUGAAGGAAUGCAAGAACCUGCCUUUAAUCAGAGCCACCAUCGACCCGUACGUCAAAUGCUUCGUGCUGCCGGACACAAGCAGGAAGAGCCGUCAGAAGACGCGCGUCCUGCGGAGGACUGCGGAGCCGGUGUUCAACCACACCAUGGUGUACGACGGCAUCAGCGAGGCCGAUCUGACCGAGGCCUGCGUGGAGCUCACUGUGUGGGACCGAGACCGACUCGCCAGCAACCUACUGGGGGGGCUGAGGCUCGGCGCCGGAACAGGAAGAAGCUACGGCGCUCUGGUGGACUGGAUGGACUCCGGCCCGUACGAGGUGUCGCUCUGGGAUCGCAUGAUGGCUUCUCCCAGUGAAUGGGUGGAGGAUGUGCUGCCGCUGAGAAUGUUAAGCUCUGCUAGAACAGCUCUAAAGUAAAAUACACCCGACUGCUGCAGGAAGUAUUUAUUUCCAUUGACCUAGUUAAAUUAUUGUUGAGCUGAAAUGGUAACAGCAACUUUACAUCCGAGUUUGACUUUAUGACGUAGAAAAAGCAAACUCUCUUUUUAUAGUAAGAGUGUAAGACAAAUAUUGCUGGCAAAAUGAAUGAUGUGGACACUGACGUCUCUUUGUGUUAAAGGUAAAAAGAGCUUUUUGUUGUAUUUUAUUGCAGAAUUUUAAAGCUUUGGCUGUGAAAUUCGGUUUUAACAUUUUUAUGCCAGGAAUCCUGAAAGAUGUAUGGGUCAGGAAUUUAGUUAUUUUUAACCCUUGCGAUUGCACUCCUUAACUUUGAGUAUUAUGUCACAGAUAUUCCACUUUGAGUCAUGAAAUUUAGGGAAGUUGCAUUUAUAGAGUUGUCUUGAAUGCUGAUGUUUGCAAUCUACACCCCAUAAAACCACAACUUGUUUGACACCAAUAAAAUUCAUAAUUUCCUAUCUUAAA